AUGGGGGUCACAAUUUUUCUCAAAAACUCUACCUUCAUCAUGUUCUUAAUUAUAAUUUUACUUUGUAGUUUUCUCUUGGAUUGUGUCAUGGCUAGUGUUUUUGCAGUUGGUGAUGAAGAUGAAUGGAGUAGCCAAACAAACUAUGCUACAUGGGCAGAGAAACACAAUUUCAGCCUUGGAGAUGUUCUAGUUUUCAAAUAUGUGAAGGGGCAACAUAAUGUAUAUGAAGUGAGAGAGGAUACUUUUAGAUCAUGUGAAACAAGUAGUGGAGUGUUGGCUAAGUAUGAGAGUGGAGAAGAUCAAGUGGUUCUCAAUAAGGUGAAGAAAUAUUGGUUCAUUUGUAAUAUAGUAGGGCAUUGUCUUGGAGGAAUGAGGUUUGGAAUUGAAGUAAAAGAAGAUAGCAACAAUGUAAUUAGCUCCAUGGAUGGUGAAUUAAAUCCAAAUAUUCAACCAACUCCAUUGGAGAAUUCUUGUAUUUCUCAAAGAUGGAGAGUGUUUGGGAAGUUCUUUCCUUUUGGAAUUGGAUUGUUAUUAUUCAAUUUGUAUUUUUGAUCAAGAAUUUGGGUAGGUAUAUUAACUUGGUUGUUUUAUAUUAAUUUUUGCACAUUGUGAUAUAUAAUUUUUUUGGGUUUUACCCUUUUUUUCUUUUUUUAGAAAAAGGAAUUUUGAUAUAUAUGAAAUUCAAUAAAGUUUGAUCGAAGUGAGUAUAGUUUUUCUCUAAAAAUUUAAAUUCAGGUUCUCCUAAAUAUAUUGUAUUUUAAUUUGAUUCUAAUUAAAAAUUU